UAAAAAAAAGGGCAAAAACUGCUCUACGGCCUAAGCUAAAACCCAAUCAUCUUCGGCUGCGGAACUUAAACCCCGAAAGCCAAGUAAAAACCCUUGGUUGGAUGACCCCGUUUCUGACUCUGAUUCUGAGAGCAGACAUGGCGGGUCCUUUGCUCCUCCGCUCUCUCUUGUCCGCCAACACUAGGAAAUCCCUUUCCUCUCACUUGGUCCGACUUCCCCACCUCUACCGCAGGUUUUCCAUAGGGCCUGGGAGUGCUGCUGCCGCUUCCACAACAGAUCCGAAUGCGUGUUUGGAGCCGAGUAGACUGCGGAACGUGGCGGUGAUUGCGCACGUGGACCACGGGAAAACCACACUGAUGGACCGUCUGCUGAGGCAGUGCGGAGCCAACAUCCCCCACGAGCGAGCCAUGGACUCCAUCAGCCUUGAGCGUGAGCGUGGCAUUACUAUUGCGUCUAAGGUCACUAGUAUUUCAUGGAAAGAAAAUGAGUUCAACAUGGUUGAUACACCUGGACAUGCUGAUUUUGGUGGUGAGGUUGAACGUGUUGUCGGCAUGGUUGAGGGAGCAGUAUUAGUUGUUGAUGCUGGUGAGGGACCACUUGCACAGACAAAGUUUGUUCUUGCCAAAGCCUUGAACUAUGGGCUGCGCCCUAUUCUUCUGUUGAACAAAGUAGACCGACCUGCUGUAUCAGAGGAGAGAUGUAAUGAAGUUGAGAGCCUAGUUUUUGAUCUUUUUGCAAAUCUCGGUGCUACAGAGGAGCAGCUCGACUUUCCGGUCCUCUAUGCUUCUGCUAAGGAAGGAUGGGCAUCUUCAACCUUCACCAAAGAUCCUUCUGCUGGUGCUAAGAAUAUGUCUCAGUUGCUUGAUGCCAUUGUAAGGCAUGUUCCUCCACCAAGUGCAAACCUUAAUGGAUCUUUCCAAAUGCUGGUUUCCAUGAUGGAAAAAGACUUUUAUCUUGGGCGAAUAUUAACUGGGCGUGUUUCAUCUGGUAUCAUUCGUGUUGGUGAUAAAAUACAUGGCUUGCGAAGCAAAGAUUCUGGCAUUGAGAAAAUUGAAGAAGGAAAGGUUGUGAAGCUAAUGAAAAAGAAGGGUACAAACAUGGUUCUUAUUGAUAGUGCAGGAGCUGGCGAUAUUAUAUCAAUUGCUGGGCUGGCUAGUCCAUCAAUUGGCCAUACAGUAGCAAAUACAGAGGUUAUGACUGCAUUGCCAACCAUUGUGUUGGACCCCCCAACCAUUUCCAUGACUUUUGGUGUCAAUGAUUCUCCAUUAGCAGGUCGUGAUGGUACCCAUUUGACUGGAGGAAAAAUUGGUGAUCGACUAAUGGCUGAAGCUGAAACAAAUCUGGCCAUAAAUGUGCUUCCAGGCUUAUCAGAUUCUUUUGAGGUUCAGGGGAGAGGAGAACUUCAGCUGGGUAUCUUGAUUGAGAAUAUGAGACGUGAAGGAUUUGAGCUGUCCAUUUCUCCACCGAAAGUCAUGUAUAAAACUGAGAAUAAUCAAAAGCUUGAGCCUAUUGAGGAAGUGACUAUUGAGGUGAAUGAUGAGCAUGUGGGGUUAGUUAUGGAAGCUCUAUCUCAUAGGCGAGCUGAGGUUGCAGACAUGGGUCCUGUCCCAGGAACUGUUGGUAGAACUAGAUUGUCAUUGACUUGUCCAUCAAGGGGCCUCGUUGGUUACAAAAGUGUCUUCAGCAGUGAUUCACGUGGAACUGGAUUUAUGCAUCGUGCUUUUCUAACAUAUGAAAAAUAUCGAGGUCCUCUCGGAAAUGUCAGGAAAGGAGUAUUGGUAUCAAUGGGUUAUGGUACAAUCACAGCAUAUGCUUUGAUGAGUUUAGAAGCUCGUGGAACUCUUUUUGUGACUCCGGGGAUGGAGACAUAUGAUGGCAUGAUUGUUGGUGAACAUUCACGUGAUACAGAUCUCGAUGUAAGAAAAGAUGGAGCUCCCCUGCAGCACGCGAUGUUUUGUCUAUGGAUGACUGACCCUUUUGCAAUUACUACCUUAUUGCAGGUGAAUCCAGUCAGGAGUAAAGAACUUACAAAUAUUCGUGCUGCUAGCAAGGAUGAAAAUGUGAAACUAUCUCCUCCAAGACUUAUGACUCUCGAAGAAGCCAUUGGUUAUGUUGCUUCUGAUGAGCUUAUAGAGGUUACACCAAAGGCCAUCCGAUUAAGGAAGAGAUAUCUGGAUGUUAACAAGCGCAAAGCCAUGAGUAAAAGGCCAAAAGGCUGAGUCUUUUCCUAAUAUACAAUUUUGUAACUUAAAGUGUACCCUAUUCUUUAGUUGGCAUUCCAUAAAUUUAUUUAUAGAAUAUCAACGACAUUUUUAUUUUUGUUGACAAUAAGGAGCAGUGGGGAGUUGAUGUUUUAUUAUUUGUGUAAUUUCCAUUAUUUUAAAGCAAAAUAAAUUUGUGCAACAUUCCUCAUCUCUAUUAAAGCAAGGAAAAUAGUUUUCAUUUUUACUUCA